UAGCCAGGAUCAAUUGUUCGCGCCAAAAAAUUUCAAGUGUCUUAACUUUAUUUGUUUUUGUAAUGGCAAAGUUUCUAUAUCGCACAGCAUUCAGCAAGAUGAGCACCGCUUUAAACCCACGGGAAUCUGGUGAGCACAUAGUACGCCAUGCCAAAUACUUGAAAGUAAAGCCCGAUGGCAUAGACCGCCUGGUUGAGGAGAUUGUCAAUGGCGUGAUAAGUAAGAAGAUUAGUGUCGAAAACUUUUCGCAGCACGAUCUGCAUCCAAAGGCAACAGAUGAGUAUGCGGCCAACUGGAUAUUUGUGGUGGAUACGCUUAACUUUUGCUUCUGGACGCCUACAAACUAUACCAAAUACAAGGUGAAUGGUUAUACCGGCUACUUUGCUAUGUGUGCGGCUAUCAAUCGCGCUAUGGCCGAUGGCAUGGACAUAACGAAUCCACGUUAUUACUCUCAACUUGACUUGGAAACACUUGCGCACAUCUUCCGUCCAGAUGAUGCGGAAACUAAGAUGCCACUGCUGGAAGAGCGCUUGGCGGCUCUCAAACAAGUUGGUGAGCGUUUGCUGGAGAAAUGGCAUGGACGCUUCGACAAUGUGGUGAGAGCGGCCGAGAAAUCGGCUAUUGGUCUGCUCGAUCUAAUAGUUGAGGAAUUUCCAUGCUAUCGCGAUGUGGCAGAGUUUGCUGGCCAAAAGGUGUCCAUACUAAAGCGUGCGCAGAUUCUUAUUGGCGAUUUAUGGUCCUGUUAUCGCGGCACGGAUCUUGGCUACUUCAGGGACAUUGAUAAGAUUACCAUGUUUGCUGACUAUCGUAUACCGCAAGUGCUAGUGCACUUUGGCAGCCUGGAGUACACGCCGGAGCUGUUGGAGCAGCUCAAAGCGGACAGAAUCAUGCAGAAUGGCGAGGAAAUGGAAGUGGAAAUACGCGGUGCUUCUAUUUACAUUAUAGAACAGGUCAAGGAUGCUGUUGUUGCGAAGCUUAAGCAGGAGCAUCCCACUAUGGACUUGUCCAAUGUGAAUGCCAUACUAAUCGAUCAGUAUUUGUGGGAUUACAGAAGAAAGUAUGCAGCAGAGCUGGAGCAUAUUCCAUUCCACAAGACAAGGAGCAUUUACUAUUGAGUAAAGAUGAAGAAAUAAAUUUAAGGCUUUAAGCUGUUGCGUACAAAUGAAAUAUAAAUGU